CAGCUCCUCACUAAAGCUCAGUCGUUGGGCAGCAUGGAACGUUGGCGCAACAAAGUGGCGGUAGUGACUGGCGCCAGUGCUGGCAUUGGUGCGGCCUGUGUACGCGCUUUGGUCGGUGCCGGUCUGGUAGUUAUCGGCCUGGCGCGUCGCCAGGAGCGCGUUACGCAGCUGCGGGCAGGAUUACCAGAGGAGGAGCAGGGGCGUCUGCACGGAAUGAGGUGCGACGUUACGCACGAGGAGGACGUACUGGCAGCAUUCGACUGGGCACAUCGCCAGUUAGGUGGCGUAGACGUGCUGGUCAGCAAUGCAGGGAUUAUUGCCAGCGGAGAGCUAAGCGGUCAGUCCAACACUGCGGCCAUGCGCGACACCGUAGAAACGAACGUCAUGGGCAGUGUUUACUGCAUCCGCGAGGCUUUCCAAUCGAUGAGACAGCGAGGGGCCGAGGGUCACGUGGUCAUCGUGAACAGCGUGGCCGGACAACAUGUGCCAAACCUAGGUCCCCAGCUCCCCUCACUGAAUAUAUAUCCGGCCAGCAAGUUUGCGCUCCGCGCCAUGAACGAAAUAUAUCGUCAGGAGUUUCUACGCAACAAGACCCGAGUCAGGGUCUCGACCAUCAGUCCUGGCAUUGUCGACACGGACAUUUUGCCGCAGCAGAUCCAGGCGUUCAUUAGGCAAUACAUGCCAAUGCUACAAUCAGAUGAUGUUGCUGAUGCGGUGCUCUGGACUAUCGGUACUCCACCCAACGUACAGGUGCACAACAUCACCAUCAAGGCGCAAGGUGAAAAGUUCUAGGCUAAGCAACGA